UCCGUUUCUUCGGCAGUUGUGGCUUCCAGAAGACUCAUCAUCGUCGUUGCGACUACAGCACGGAAUCCUCUCAUAAGGUCCUUUUGCAAGAUGCCUCCCAAGCAAGCUACACUGGGGUAUGUCAAAGAUUCCCAAACUAAUAUUACGAAGUUCUUUGGGAAUCCCAACGGCCCGAAACCUCCAGCGAAGCAGUCGAAGCUUUCGUUCUCGUCCAAAAGCACAAGCAAUGGGGCUCCAAGUUCGAGCGCGUCAAAGGAGAAUGAAGAUGUAGAUAUGGCGGGUGCAGGUGAGCCAGAGGUCACCUCGAAGCUUCAGGGGCAUGCAAUUGCGAAGAAGGAGAAUGUGAAGCCUGGAACCGAAUCGAAAAAGCGAUCAAGAUCUCCUCCCUUGUUUGACAAGAAGGUCAAGAAAGAAGCAAUCAAGGUCGAGGAGGACGAUGAGGAUGAAGAUAUUAUUGUAAAACGACCGCGCCGUGCGGAAAAGACGGAGGUGGAGGAAGAUGAUGAGCCUGAUCCACCGAAACCAAAUGCCGAACCGAAACCCAAGUCCAAACCCGAACCAUCGUUAAAGAAGUCCAAGAGUAUAGCACCCCCUCCAAAGAAGGUUAAGAAGGAAGUCAAGAAGGAAGUCAAGAAAGAAGCCGAAGAUGAGGAAGACGAGUCUGACGGUGGUGUGGCGGGCAGUUCGAGCUCAAAUGACAAGCUAAAGCGAAGAGACUCUAAUGCCUCGGCAUCCGUAUCAGAAGUUGAAGAGGGACUGGAAGAGGAAGACGAGGAUGAUGAAGAUGAGAAGCCAGAGCUUGCAGCCAAGGCCCGCGAGAAGGUUCAGAUCACAUUGAAGGCAAAGACCAAAGAUCCAUAUCCCGACUGGAAACCCGGAACACCAGUACCGUAUGCUGCUCUGUGUACAACAUUCUCUCUGAUUGAGAUGACCACAAAGCGACUUGUGAUCGCAGCACACUGCUCUCUAUUCCUCCGACAAGUCUUGCGAUUGACCCCUGAUGAUCUUCUCCCAACUGUUCUCCUCAUGAUUAACAAACUCGCGGCAGACUACGCCGGAAUUGAGCUGGGAAUUGGCGAGUCUCUCAUUAUGAAAGCAAUUGGCGAAUCUACUGGCCGAAGUUUGCAAGUGAUCAAGCAAGACCAGAAAGAAAUCGGUGAUCUUGGUUUGGUAGCUGUCAAGAGCAGAGCCAACCAGCCAACUAUGUUCAAGCCAAAGCCUCUGACUGUUCGAGCUGUCCACAAGGGUCUCAUGGAUGUCGCUACCACUUCAGGAAGCGGUGCUCAAGGUCGCAAAGUGGAUCUCAUCAAGAAGCUGUUAUCCGCAGCCGAUGGUCACUCAGCUGGGAAGGUUGAUAUCACCAAAGACAAAGGAGGCCCAAGCGAAGCAAAGUAUCUUGUUCGAUUCCUCGAGGGAAAAUUGCGUCUUGGUCUGGCUGAGAGGACUGUUCUCGUCUCAUUGGCUCAAGCGAUGGUCUGCCACGAGAUCGAAGCCAAAGGCUCCGGAAAGGUUCCGAGCACUGAACAGCUCGCAACGGGUGAGGCGAUGCUCAAGCUAGUACACAGUCAAUUGCCCAGCUACGACGUUAUCAUUCCUGCUAUGUUGGAGCACGGUAUCUUCCACCUCCAGGAAAAUUGCAAGCUCCAGCCUGGUGUUCCUCUCAAGCCCAUGUUAGCAAAGCCCACGAAAGCAAUCACUGAGGUGCUUGAUCGAUUUGAGAAUCAGACAUUUACUUGCGAGUAUAAGUACGAUGGCGAGAGAGCUCAAAUCCAUUACGUUGCUAAGGACUCGGAUCAAAGGUAUCGUGGUCCUACAGAAGCUGCUACGAAGACGAGUGGUGGCCUCGCUGCUAUCUUCUCCCGCAACUCUGAAGACCUGUCCAAGAAAUAUCCGGAUAUUCUGGAAAAAUUGAACACGUGGGUGAAGCCUGAUACUAAGAGCUUCGUGCUUGAUUGUGAGACUGUGGCCUGGGAUCUGGUGGAAAAGAAAGUCCUCCCUUUCCAACAGCUCAUGACCCGAAAGAAGAAGGACGUCAAGGUUGAGGACGUAAAAGUCAAAGUUUGCGUCUUUGCAUUUGAUAUCCUUUUCUUAAACGGGGAAGCCCUUGUUGGCAAGUCUCUCCGAGAACGUCGAGAGCUGCUCCACGGCGCUUUCUCGCCCGUUGAAGGCGAGUUCGCGUUCGCCACGAGCAUGAACGGUCAAGAACUUGAUGAAAUUCAACAUUUUCUCGACGAGAGUGUCAAAGCUUCAUGCGAAGGACUCAUGGUCAAGAUGUUAGACGGCACAGAAAGUGGCUAUGAACCCAGCAAGCGAAGUCGAAAUUGGUUGAAGAUUAAGAAAGAUUACCUCUCCGGCAUCGGCGACUCCCUCGAUCUCGUCGUCCUAGGAGCCUACUACGGUAAAGGAAAACGCACCUCCGUCUACGGUGCCUUCCUCCUCGCCUGCUACAACCUUGGGACGGACACUUACGAAACCGUCUGUAACAUCGGCACCGGCUUCUCGGAAGCAGUCCUCGAAGAGCUGCACACACAACUGAAAGACGUUGUCAUCGAGCGCCCAAAGCCUUUCUACUCGCACUCCUCAGGCAAUCAGCAUCAACCCGAUGUCUGGUUUGAGCCAAGGUACGUCUGGGAAGUCAAGACUGCUGAUCUGACGCUCAGCCCGAGAUACAAGGCGGGAUGCAAGGAAGGCGUCGAUCCAAGUGGGGAGAAGGGCAUUAGUCUUCGGUUUCCGCGGUUUAUUAAAGUGAGGGAUGAUAAAAAGCCGGAUGAGGCGACGAGUAGCAGGCAGGUGGCGGAGAUGUAUAGGAAACAGGAGAGCGUGAGCAAGAAUAAGGGGCCCGCGGUUGAUGAUGACUUUGAGUAUUGAUUGAUUUGAGGGUUGCAUUUGCACAUUUGUUGAGCAUGAGGGCAUGAGGGCACGUGAGGGAGCGGUUGCAGCUAUACAUCAUUGCAUGUAUUUUCCAUGACAUCGCUGUUGCUCUAUUGCUCCACUCUAAUGAGAUUAUGAAGAUAGAUGCUCUCUUUCCUUUCUCAGCCUGUCACAGUGA